CUGGAUGCCGGAGAUGCAGCCCUUUCCGUUCCCAGUAAAUACACACACACAUACACACACACACACACACACGUGGAGAAACGCAAACAGCAGAGCGGAGAACUGCGGAUUGAAUAAAAAUGUCAGCAAGACGGAGAAGCUUUGGGGAUGCUGGAGCUGAAGAUGAGGAGGUGUCCAUCAGAGGUCACAAGCAGGGCCGCAGAGGGAGAAGCUGUGGGGAUGCUGGAGGAUCUGGUGAUGCUGUCAGAGACCGAAGCCGCUCACCACAGCAUCAAAGAUGGCAGACUGAGGCAGAGCCCGAUAAUGGAGUCCCUCCACCACCGAAGUUCAAACCCAAACGCACCCCAGGUGUCCAACCCCCUCUCGAUAUGGGAAACCCAGCACCAAGUGAAAUCUUUUCCCACUUUUUUGAUGCUGAAGUUUUCAAACUCCUCUGUGAAAACACAAACAAGAAUGCAGCCAGAAACCUGGAGAGAGGGAGAAAGUUCGUCUGGACUAAACUAACUCCAGAAGAAAUGAAGAAGUUCAUAGGCAUGUUGCUGUACAUGUCAGUUUUGGACCUGCCGAAGAUGAGCGACUUCUGGCGUAAGCAAACCAUUUUCCAUGUGUCAUUCCCUGCCACCAUCAUGUCCCGAGACCGGUUCAUGGCUAUUUUAUCUAAUCUUUAUAUGAGUGACCCAGAGAAAACUGAGGAAAAUGUUCAGAAAAAGGGCACAGAGGAUUAUGACUACCUCCACUGGGUCAGACCUCUCAUGGAAAUGAUAUGCAUAAACUGCAAGGCCAUCUACCACCCAAGACGGCACCUUGCAGUCGACGAGAGGAUGGUUGGGACCUAAGGCCAGGCUCAGCAUCAAGCAAUACAUGAAGGCCAAGCCAACAAAGUGGGGGUUGAAGUUUUUUGUGCUUGCUGACACGAACUGGCUACACCAUCGACUUCAAGCUCUACACGGGCAAGUCCAAGACAGCAUCAGGGAAGGGGCUCUCUUUUGAUGUUGUAGCGGGACUAAUCAACAAAGACUACCUGGGGUCUGGGUAUAUUAUCUACACAGACAACUUUUACACCAGUCCCCUCCUCUUCCGACACCUGAGCCAGCAGGGAUUCGGAGCUUGUGGGACAUACAGGCAGGGAAGAAUUGGUGUCCCAACCACCCAAGAAAAUGCACUCACCAAAAAAUCCCCACGAGGAAGUAUCCGGUGGAUCAGGGACGGGGAUCUUCUGUUCGUGAAGUGGAUGGACAGCAGAGAAGUCUCCAUGUGCUCCACCAUCCACCCAGUGUACGGGGGGGACACAGUGCAGCGCUCGCAGAAGACACAGGAUGGGCUACAACAAACGAUCUCUGUCCCCAGACCCACCACAGUUACAGAGUACAACAAGUACAUGGGGGGAGUGGACACCUCGGACCAGAUGAUUGGAACAAAUUCAGUCCACCGGAAAACCAGGAGAUGGCCCACCACUGUUUUCCAGCAUCUGGUUGACAUCGCUGCGACAAACUCCUUUGUCAUCCACAAGGCUCGCUGUGCCAGCCUGCAGCAGGACAAUCCUAUGACCCGUCAGCGUUUCCAGGAGGAGCUCACUGCACACCUCCUUGGAGUUGACUUGGGAAAUGUCUCUCAGAAGACCCCAGGUAAUAAUCACCUACCUGUCUCCACAAGCAGCGGACAGAUCAAAGCUCAGAGAGCCAGCAUGGGGCGACGGCGCUGCAAACUCUGCAAGAGGAGCACUGCCUGGAAGUGUGGGGACUGUGAUGUGGGCCUGUGUGUGCAGCCAGACAGGAACUGUCACUGGCAGUACCACCAAGGCCUUCGCAUGUGAAGGGACUGUCAGAGGAGAGAAACGCCUCUACAUAGUUUCCAUUUUAUGGCCUGGUUUUGCAAGAUACAGACUCACACAUUUUAUUGUAAAGAGUUUUAUACUUUUCAAUUUUCAAAUUUAACAUGCACAAUCUGUUAUUCAUGUACAAUUGCAAUGUUUUUUGUUCACUAAAACUCUAAAAUCAAAUUCCGUUUUUGUGUUUUUCUUCAACUGUUAUUACUCUUAUAAGAUGCAGUAAAUUGUAAAUAACUGCCAGAUAUGGAAAGUUCCAGGUAUUCUGGAAAAAUUGGCAAAAGAACUUAC